UUUCACUGGCCCUCUACCUUACCAAGCAUGUUUUCCUCCAAAGUACUUGAGAAGCAGUCCGCUAUCCUCACUUCUAAGGAGCCUUAUGGCUGUACUCCUUAGUGCCCUCUUAGAAGGCAGUAUGUGUAUAAAGGUCUUCCUAAACCUCUAAAUAAUUAACAGUGAGUUGGGCUGUUUGACGAGGUCAGACCAAGGCAUUGACCUUUAUUUUGUAGGUAGGAGGGUAAGAUGCAGGUGGAAAAGAGAUUUUCAAGGAAAGAAAGUGCAUGAGGAAAUAAAAGUAUAGACUUGUAGAACUGGGAACUAUUUUUUUUUUUUUUUUACCAAGGUUCAUUGACAUAGAGAAAAAAUACCAUAUAGGUAAAAUGCAAUUUAAUGGAGUAUUUUGUUUUGAGAGCUCCUAUACCUACUGGGAUAAUGGGAGGAACGUUGUCUUUGACACCAGAUGGACAUGGGUUCAAACCCUAGGGCUGCUGUUCCCUAGUAGCAUGUGGCCUCUGCAACCUAAUCUCUUUGUGGUCCAGAUUCCUCACCAGAAAUAAAAGAUAUGUUCAUCUCAGAUUGUUCUGAGGGUUAAAUUAGAUACAAUUUGUGAAAGCCAGUAUGUAUUAGGCAUUUAAUAAAGAUAUUUUCCCUUCUCUCUCUUCUAUUUUUAAAAAUUGUGAUUUGGGAGUACUAUAAAUAAAUAAUAAAACGUAUAGUAUUUCAGUGUGGAAUUUGGGCCAGUUAAAGGAGAAAAGCUAGAGAAUGGGACAAAUGUAUAUGGAAACAAGCCUGAAGUGGGCACUGUGUAUGCCAACCCAGCAGAUUUUGGAAGUUGCAUGCUUAAAAACAAAAGGUAUUCUUUAAAUUAAAAAAAAAAAAAAAAAAGAAAGUGGUUUACAAAAGCACUGUUAGAGUUUGUUAGCCAAGCAUUUCAGGCUCUGUCUAAAGAUUAGAAGCCCAGGAAUUUGGAAAUGCUACCCUUUCUUCAUUUUUAGUGGUAGAAACCCCAGACUUCCUGUUCUGGAAAGUGGGGGUGGCCACCCCAUGUUUGUCAAGAAAAGGGUUGUCUCUUUCUCUGGAUUGAUGCUUCCAUCUUCUGUCUCUAAGUGGCAUUGCAACUUCACCCCGUGCUCUUCUGAGUUGAAUAAAAUCAAACUGAGAGUUAGAGGCGUUUGUUUCUGGCCUGAGACUUCAAGGACAAACAUAGGUGACUGAGUUUCGAAAACCGAUUUAGGGUCAAUGCUCUGGUAGCAAAGUUGUUAAGAGCUUGGCUGCUAAUCAAAAGAUCAGUAAUUCAAAUCCACUAGCCGCACCUUGGAAACCCUGUGGGGCAGUUCUACUCUGACCUAUAGGGUCACUGUGAGUCAGAAUCUGUUCGCCAGCAACGGGAUUAUACAUUUUUCUGUAGUGGUAAAGAAUUUACUCCUUAUAUUUUUCUUCCUUUUUAUUGUUUUAGUAAAGCUUUUUAAUACAGUGUUAUUGAAUGUAAAAUCACCAGACACCUGUAUGAAUGCUGAGACUCUGACUUUUAUCUUUUUUUUUUCCCCUAGGGAAUUCAUGGUAGAAAUACCAUGCUAUCUAAUUCCAGCCCUUGAGGCUUGAAUAACACACUUGUAAAACAAACCACUCUUUUUCUUAACAUUUGCAACUUUAUUAUUAUUUUUUAAAAUUAUUUUUGCCAUUUACUUUGUGUUAUUGUGGAGAUGUUCUUUAGCAUGAUCUGCUGGGAUGGUUAGGAAAGAAGCUAGGAUUAGGGUGAUCUGAAGAUGACAUGGGACCGAAACAAAGUGCUGAGGUACUUUUGAAUGAGGGUAAAACAUAAAGGUGGUUUAUAGAACUGUUCAAAGAAAGUUUGAACCAAUAGCUAUGGUGACAGGUUUUUUCUUGGUGUGAAUGCGGGCUGGGAAAGAGGAAUGGGUUUGUGUGUGGGAAUGUGGUUAGGGCAGUGUUGAAAUGCUAAGCUUUAUAGACUGGGUGGAAUUAGCCUGGUAGGGCAUUCCGGAUAGGGGAAAUGGCAUUGGUAUGGAGGGAUGUGAAAGCUAUACUUGCUACAGCACCUGGGAUUAGCUUUGCACAUAUCAGGCCCUCAAUUAACGGAAAUAAAUGAAUAGGAGGGAGCAGAGGAUCUGGAAGAGCUGUGAGUGUGCCAGGGAGUCAAGAGAAGAAGACCCACAGGAAGGCUGAGGAACUGCAAGGGCUCUGGAGAAGGAGGGUGUUUGCAGUGUGCUGGGUCUGAUCCUUCCCCUCCUGCCAGCAGACCCUGGGCCUGGGAGCAGGGGCUGUAUGUAGGAGCAAAGGAAUCAGAUUUGUGGGGAGGGAACUGCAAAGUUCAGGCUUGUUGUCUGUGAUUGAAUGAAAGUCAGUUCUCAGAGGGGAGCUUGUGAGAAUGAAGCUGGUGAGAAGGGCAACAAGUAGCUGAAAAUGGGAGGGGUGACAAGUUAGGAGUGUGCAUUUGGUGGUUGCGAGCACAAAGCUGGACUCUUUGGCGGUUGAGUGGUACCUUGUGAUCCCAAUUUAUGAUGUAGAUGGUGGAGAUGGGUGUCAGUGGAGCCAAAGAAAAUGAGAAAUAGGGGCAUGGGAAGCCAUAUGUCAUAGGUCACAGGAAGAGCCAGAGCAUAUUUGGAAAGAGGAGGGAGAACAUGGUUUAACAGUAAGAAACACAGACUUUGAAGUCAGCAGAUCCUGGGGUCCCCGUCCUGACUGUGCUUCUUACCAGCUUUGAUUUUGGUCAAGUUUCUUAAUCUUUCUGAGCCUUAGUUCUUUUUUUUUAAAUUGUGGUAAAACUUAGUUUUUUAAAGAGUAGAACAAGGAUGGUACCUGUGAGUGAAAGAAUGCCUGUAAACCACUUAGCACAGAGUCUGGCAAAAUAGUCAAUGCUCUCAAGUGUUAGCUAUAAGUACAGUGUGUAUAUACAUAAAUAAGGUGUUCAGUGGUGAGCCAUCCAAAUGAUGUGAGGGUUAAAAAAUAUCACCUAAAUGGAAAAAAAAAAAAGGACUAUUCAUCCUGGAAAGGUAAUGUUUGUAAGGAUCUGAAAGGUAAGGCUGGUAGAAUUCCCCAGUGAAAGACAUCGAGUCCAGGGCUUUUCUUUGUUGGGAGGUUUCUGGUUACAAAUUCAAUUUCUUCACUUGUUAUGGGUCUUUUGAGAUUUUCUACUUCCUCUUGAGUCAGUUUAGGUAGGUUAUGUACUACUAGGAAUUUAUUCAUUUCGUCUAAGUAAUCAAGUUUAUUGGAGUACAAAUUUGUAGUAUUCUUUUAUGAUCCUUUUUAGUUUGUUGAGUCAGUUGUAAUGUUUUGGCUUUAGUUUCUUCUCUCUUUUUUCUUUGUCAGUCUAGCUAAAUUUUGUCAAUUUUCUGAAAGGUAAAUCUAAUACAGAAUUACAUAGAAGCCUAUGCCCAAACGGUUUAUUUCCACUUAGGCUAGAGCUAGAUUGGACUUCAUCACAUCAAUGUUACUUUGCAUUUAUAUCACACUUUACAGUUUGUGAAGAGCUUCUUCAGAAAUGUUCUCAUUUGAUCCUGUGAGGCGUCGGUAAGAAUAGUAAUUAGUGUUCUGAUUUAUUGAUGAGGAAACAGGAUCUGAGAGGUUAAAGGGACUUGAAACUGAGUGGGGACUGACCGUGGGUCCUCUGAUAGCUGAUCUAGUAUGUUUUUCCCUGAAUCUCACUUAGCAGGGAGGAAGUGGGUUAGAGCAGGCAUUUCCUAGUAGGAAGGUUGUUGACUGAUGUGGAUUCCUGAGGGAAGUUGUAGAGCCUUUUUCAUGGGAGAGACCUGGAAGAUGGAGUUACUCUUUUCUGGAAUGGUAUGAGUGUUUGAAGCUGGAGUGGCCCAGAUGGCCUCUGAAGGCUCUGCCCAGUCUUGUGGUCAUUGAGUGCCAAGGGUGUUAGAAUCCUUCCUCAGGCAAGAGGAUUUUAACUAAUGAAGCAUGAAACCAAGGUUCUUUUUUUGAUCUCUUCACUAGCUCUUCUCCUGUAUAAAAUGGUGAGGCUAGUACUACCUGUUUCCCUGCUUUCUGGAGUUGUUGUGUGAUAAAUGAGAGGUACUUGGAAUCCCAGAGGAUGCUAAAAUGAUGUGUGUCAUUUUCAAAUGAGCCCCUGAGCCCUGGGUGAUCAGUGAAACUUUCCCUCAUGAUGCCAGUUGUGGGAUGAGGUUGACGAGGCAUGGAAUAGUCUCGUUUGGUUUAUGUCAGGGUAACACAGGUUGUCAGGAAGAAUAAACAGCCGUGCUGUCCUACAUUUUGAAGACACCUGAAUACAUUAGUGGUCCGACACUAGGUGCUGUUGGAAGCAAUGUGCAGGCAACUUCGAGGCAGAGCAGGAAAAUGGAAAGAGCCCUGGAUUGAGAGGAAGGAGACUAGACCUUGUUCCAGCUCUGGCACCAACUACGUUUGUCACUAUGAACAAGACACUUAAGCUGUCAGCUUUAGUUUCCUAAAGUGUAAAAAUGAGACGAAUGACGUGGUUCAUAUCUGGUUCUUUGCAGCUUUGAAGACAACUAAUCUUCAAGUAGCCUAGGAAUCUGCAUGUGUCAGACAGAUGCUUUGACCUAGCAAUAUUUUAUCCAGGAAUUUAAGCUAAGAAAGUGAUUGAUGUGUAUGUGUGCUGAAGUUCAGCAGGCAGAGCAGGAUGUUCACUGCAGGCAGAGCAGUUUAAACAGCAAAGCAUUGAACACAACUUUAACGUACAAUAGUAAGGGAUUUGUUAAAUUAGCAGUGAUGCAUCCACCUAAGAAAAUACUGUGUGGCUUUUAGAAGUGUUUUUAUAGAAUAAUAUUUAAUGAUAUAAUAAAACUUACACAGUAUAUUAAGUGAAAGUUCAGUUUACCAAUGAUCCCAUUUUUGUAGAAAUAACAGUAUAUAUAAAUAACAUGUAGAAGAAAGCAUGGAACACUAUACAACAAAAGAGUAACGUACCUCUGGGAGGCAGGUUUAUGAGUGAUUUGUUUUUUGUUGUGGUUAUCAGUAUUUUCUAAAUGUCCUAUUUUUGUAAAGAGAAAAAAAUUGUAAAAGUUACUUUAAGAUGUUUCAUUCAAUGUAACUGACAUUGGCUCCUUCUGUGUGUAGGGUGCCGUAUUGAAUGCUGAAGGAAGUCCCUGCUUUCAGAUUCCUCCAGAUAGUGGUAAAGGAUUCUGCUCUCUUUGCCUCCCCAGGAAAGGCAGCAGCAUGGCCAGUGUGCUUUCCCGGCGCCUUGGUAAGCGGUCCCUCUUGGGAGCCCGGGUGUUGGGACCCACUGCUUCAGAUGGGCCACCGGGGACCGUCCAGCCCUUGGAACCUCAAGUGGAGCUACUGGAGAGGGCUGCUCCACAGCCUUUCCUUGCCUAUAAGGACAGUUCCUGCCCUGAACAACCCAAGGAAGUCCUCAAGGCUCCUGGCAUCUCAGGCCUCCAGCAGGUGGCUUUUCAGCCUGGGCAGAAGGUUUAUGUGUGGUAUGGAGGUCAAGAGUAUACAGGACUGGUGGAGCAGCACAGCUGGGCAGAGGAUAAGGUGACUGUCUGGCUGUUGGACCAGAAGUUACAAAUCUGCUGCAAAGCAGAGGAGGUGUGGCUUGCAGAGCUGCAGGGCUCCAUUUCCCAGGUACCACCUACAGAGCAGGGAGCCCAGGUGCCAGCCUACAGGCCUGUCUCCAGGAACAUUGACGUCCCAAAGAGGAAGUCGGAUGCAGUGGAAAUGGAUGAGAUGAUGGCGGCCAUGGUACUGACAUCCCUGUCCUGUAGCCCAAUUGUGCAGAGUCCUCCUGGGGCUGAGGCCAACUUUUCUGCUUCCCGCUCAGCCUGUGACCUGUGGAAGGAGAGUGGUGACGUGUCCGACAGCGGCAGCAGCACCACCAGUGGGCACUGGAGCGGGAGCAGUGGCAUUUCCACCCCCUCUCCCCCCCACCCCCAGGCCAGCCCCAAGUAUUUGGGAGAUGUCUUUGGUUCCCCCCAAACUGACAAUGGAUUUGAAACAGAUCCUGACCCUUUCCUGUUGGAUGAACCAGCUCCACGCAAAAGAAAGAACUCUCUGAAGGUGAUGUACAAGUGCCUGUGGCCAAACUGUGGCAAAGUUCUGCGCUCAGUUGUGGGCAUCAAACGACAUGUUAAAGCCCUCCACCUGGGGGACACUGUGGACUCUGACCAGUUCAAGCGGGAGGAGGAUUUCUAUUACACAGAGGUGCAGAUGAAGGAAGAAUCUGCUGCUGUUGCUGGCACCCUUGCACCUGGGACCCCCACAACUGAACCAGCUCCCACCCCUAGUGUGACCAGCACACCUCUUGCCAUUCUUUCACCACCUCCUCCCAAAGCCCAGUCCUCAGGCCCGGAACACCCUGGCCUGGAGACUUACCUGCCCUCUGGCACUCUCAGCAAGUCAGCUCCUGGUUCCUUCUGGCACAUUCAGGCCGACCAUGCGUACCAGGCUCUGCCGUCCUUUCAGAUCCCCGUCUCUCCGCAUAUCUAUACCAGUAUUAGCUGGGCUGCCGCCCCCUCCACUGCUUCCUCCCUUUCUCCGGUUCGGAGCCGGUCACUAAGCUUCAGCGAUCCCCCACAGCCACCACCUGCAAUGAAAUCUCACCUGAUUGUCACUUCACCACGGGCCCAGAGCAGUGCCAGGAAAGCCCGUGGGGAAGCGAAGAAGUGCCGCAAAGUGUACGGCAUUGAGCAUCGAGACCAGUGGUGCACAGCCUGCCGGUGGAAGAAGGCCUGCCAGCGAUUCCUGGAUUGAACUUGUCGAACCGGCUCAUCCUCUGUUCUUUCUGGCCCUGACCUGCAGCCGGAUGACAAAAGGCAGACGUGUCACAAGAAGCCCUCAGCAGAAACCUAAAAGAUAAAGGUGAAAAUGUGGAUUUGGGGCUCUACUGGCCAAAGUUUAACACUUAAAGCAUUUUUUUCCCCAUGGGGGAACAUUUUAUUUUUUAAAAAAGAAACAAAACUAUUUUUCCCCUAAAAUAGGAGAGAGCCAAAACUGAGCGAGGGUAUUCUACAGUAAACCAGAGACCAAAGAAUGAAUGACCCUCCCUUUCCCACACCUUGUUUCUCUAGGGUAUUAGUUUGUACGUAUCAAAAGAAGGAACAGCUUAUUCUGUUUCUUGCUGAGUUGGUGAUUUCUUUGCUUUCUCAACUCUUCCAGAAGGAACUGUGAGCAAGAUGAAUUUACUUUUGUUAAAAAAAAAAAAAGUUUCUGGCUGGUCACUCAGAGAGCAGGACCCAUCGCGAAUGGGGGUGGGAAGAGUCUCUGUGCACUUUCCAAGGUGCCACCUCCUCUUCUCCGUCUGAAUCUGGAGAAGGGAGCUUUUGUCCUUCUCACCAAGCCGCUUCUAUGGAAGUAAAAGCGAAACCCUUUCUUGGUGACAACUCUUUGACUCUGAGUUCUCUCAGAUGUUGGGUUUUCUCCCAACAAAUAUUAUAUGGCUUCUUCUCAAAGCCCAGGCAAAUAGGUUUUUAAAGACUGUCCCAAAUUAGCUGAGCCAAAAGGCUAAAGAUAGUUCACUUUUUGAAAUGUGGCAGUUUAACACUACCUUGAUCAUUCUUUCCUAUUUCUUUGAGGAAAUGCUAGAGGGUUUUAGUAUCUGUGAAGCUCUCUGCUGUCACUGCCCUCUUGAUGCCUCCUCCCUCCAUUUAUGGAAAUGAUUCUUCUAAAACACUUUGUUUUCUUCCGUGAUUUAUUCUGAAGCCUUUAUUCUGGACACUCUAUUAAAGUGCCCUCUUACUUCAGUGAUCUUCAGAGACCCUGGUAGGUUCUUCACCAGGGAUGCCUCCAAUAUCCCUCCUAAGGCUGCAGGUGGGGAUGGCCGUGGAAGAGGGAGAGAGAAGGGAACAGAUAGAAAGGCAAGUGGCAGAUGGCUCCCAUGAUGGAGAGGGAGCUCACAGGUCCCCAAUUGUUCUAUUAUCUAACUUUCCCCUUUGGGAAGAAUCUAAACUUAUUCCUAAGGUGAGAAGGAGCCCAGGACUCUUCAGUUAACACAGGAAAGUUGUUCUGGAUCCUUUGUCCAGUGUUGGUCUAGUCAAUGCGAUGUGGAGGGUCAGUUUGAUGGUUGUAACCUUCUCAGAUGCCUGUUGAGCACCAUCUCUUGCCUGAAGGUAGGAUAGUUGGAUGUUAAAGAGACUCCUGGGGCAGGAGUCCUGGGGUGUGUGUGAGGUUCAGGCUGAGGAAUCAAGUGAAGAAGAUGUGGGGUUGAAUUUGCAGCUACUAGAGUUUAGGCCUUUAGUGUUUCUGGAGACCACAGGAAUUUAAGGGAACCUGGGCCGUGUUGCUUGUGAGGUAAAUAAGCAAAAAUAUUGUUGUUGGGAAGGGAGAUUUAGGGAGUUUAUUGCCAUGCUAGCUAAUGAUUAAUAACGACUGAGUGACAUGGGCCCUGAAAGUAGGGCAAGUUUUUGUUUUGGAGCCUCACCUUUCUUCUAAGCAUGAAGAAUUCCCCAGGGCCUGCUUGAGUGUGGCCACCAGUGCCAGUUAUCCUAAGGAGUCCUGGACCUGCAUCCCAGAUGUCAGGGCUCAGGGAAUCCCACCAGGCCACCUCUCCUGGGACUGAGCAGCAGCGUCUACCCCUUGAUUCUAAUCUAGGCUGUCCUCUUGGUCCCAGGUGAAAAUACCUGGCUACUGAAGUUCCUUUGGCCAGCCUCCCGUGGGAAAUACACAUACACUUUUCAAUCCAAGGCACAUUUAAUGUUAAAAAAAAAAAACAAAACAACCCUGCAAGUCUAAGAAUAGGGGUGUGAUAUUGUAAAGGAUGAUGGUGGCUUUGUUUGGUGAUAGAAGGGAAAGGCACACUUAUGCAUGGGUGUUUUUGGUGGUGAUGGGAGUAUAUUUUUAAACUUAGUUAAAAAAAAAAAAAAUUAUGUGGGAUUCUGAUUCUUGGUAAAGCUAGAAACCAGGCCAGUAAGAAGUGGCCCAGGGUUCUUCCUCUUCUCCCUUCUGCCUCACUGAGAAUUAAAAGCUGACAUCAGGCUAUUACUUUUCCUCCCCAUGUUGUUCAUGUUCAGAUCUCAGUGGUGAGGGGAGGGAGCAUUUUGAGAAGUAGGAACUCGGCACAGGACGAUCAUCCCUUCUCUUCUAGGCAGUUUUCUUAAUCAGAGCUCUUGCUGAGUCUCUUCCCUAGAAAAGUUGCUUUACUUUCCCCGACUCAGUUUGGACUGUGUAGAUAGAUAUAACUGGGUAUAAAGAUUUUUCUCUAAGUGAGAUAGGCUUCUCAUGUCACUGGUGCACAGGACAGGAAGGGAUGAUAAAAGAAGAAAUUGAUGGAACAAUUUAAAAACUGAGGUUUUUUUUUUCCUUUUUCUUUUUUUGGUGCAGCCUUCCCUGUCUGCAUUUGCUCCUGCUCUCAUUUUGGUGGUAUUGGUCUCCUCUGCCCCUCUGCCUGUUCUCUCCUCUGUCUUGUUGCUGUUGUGUUGGUUCUUGACAUGUGAUCUGUCCUAGGGGUUGCCCCAUUUGUUUUUCUUGGGGGAUGGGAGUGGUUUGUGAAUUAAUCAAGUGAUCAUGCCUGUUUUCUUCAUCUCUGUAUCUCUCUACUUCCCAGCCCAGCCAGACAGCAGAAUCCGAUUGAGGGAAGAUGCCAGAGGUGUGCUUUUGAAACUAAUAGGACUGAUUUUCAAAGCAGUUACCUUGGGAAACUGUACAUUUAUUCCAGUGAUGUCACCCUUAUUCAAAAUAGUUCUUGGACUUAACCUUCAAAGUCUGUGGUGCUGUUUUUUGAAUUGCCUUAAUGAUGGUAAAUCACAAGUCUGCCAAAUCAUGUCUGUGGUCAAGUGGGGUAGUUGAGGUCUUAGGUGCAAAGCAAAAGGACUUACUAUUGAGUAAAAUUGCUUGGAUUUAUUUAGGUGGCUUUUAAACUGGCUCUGAAAGCAAUUCUGUGAUUUCAGAGAGUGUUUUGAGCAAUGGCCACAUGUUGUAGUAAGUCUACAGCUUCCCAAGGUGACUCUUUGAAGGAAAAUAGUAUUUUGGGUUUGGAAGCUCUGGUUUGUUUGAAUAAAUCUGUCCUGUUACUUUCUGGUUGGUCAUCUCAGGUUCUGACUUUACCAAGGGCAAAAAAGAGAAGAGGGAGAUAAAUCCCAUCUGUGAAUUUGUCUUAUUGGCACCUUUUCCCUGGCUGUCUUCCAAGUAUUAUUUUUACUGUUAAAAAUUUUUUUAAAAAUGUGAAAUGUAAUGUUUUUACAGCAGCAAUAUGAAAUAUAUUUUAUAAAGAAUAAAAUGGUACAUUGUUUGAUUUAAUUUGUGCCUGUCCCUUUGCCCUCUUCCCCUGCAAAAAAUAAGAUCAUUGUCCUUGGUGUUAAGCAAAUGAUAUCAUGUCACAUUGUUGGCAGAGCAUAUGCAUCCAUUUGCUCAUAAUAACGGUAGGUAAUAUUUACCAGAUACUAGGCCAAGUGUUUACAUAGAUUACCUGAAGUAAAUCCUCACCAUAGCCUAGGUGUGAGUUAUUAUUCUCAUUCCCAUUUUGCAGAUGUGGAGACCGGGUUAAGUGACUUGCUCAAGGUCAUGAACUAGGCAGUAAUGGCACCAGGAUUCUAAUCCAGGUGGUAACUGUUUUCUAUAAUGUUUAUAUUGACAAUGGGGAGCAUAUUCUUGGCCAUAUUCCUGUGUCUCCUGGAGAGUGGCCCAGUAUAAGAUAAUAGACUCAAGAGAAAACAAGUCACACUCUACUUACAGGAUGGGUUCUGAACCCAGGGAGCAACAUGGUUCACUCCCUGGUCAUUCCCUAAAGAUAGUCAUUCCAUGUAUUGUGAUGGCCCAGAUGUCUAGUUAGAAGCUGGCCUGGGUGGGAAGGAUGGUGGAAGCAGAAAGCAUCAUCCCACCCUUGCUACUAGGAGCCCUGGUGGCACAGUGGUUAAGUGCUUGGCCACUAACUGAAAGGUUGGCAGUUCGAACCCACCAGCGGCUGUGCAGGAGAAAAGACCUCUCGAUCUCCCGUAAAGAUUACAGCCUAGGAAACCCUAUGUGGCCGUUCUAUUCUGUCAUAUAGGGUCGCUAUGAGUGGAAUUGACUCUGUGGCGCACAACAACAACCCUUGCUGCACCGGGACUACAUGAUGCAAUUUUAGUUGCUGAAGUUUAAGAAAGACAGUGAAGCAGCUAUAGACUCAGGGAAGACUAAGUAAAAUAAACAAAGCUUGAAGAAACCGGAGAUGUGGAAAUGUGUUUAAGCAUUCAAAGUAUACUUAAAAUAAGGGGAAAUUUUUUGCCCUUUUAAGAAUCCAAGGUAGGGGGGUGGAGGGCAGAUGAGAGACUCUUGGUUAAAUCCUUUUCAUAUUAAGUCACACUGGUUGUAUGAGAGAAGCAGGUGCUGAGUAGUGAGAAGUUGAUGUGCAGUGACAGGGGUAUGCAGAGGAGGAGAGAAAGCAGAGGCAUUCAGAAGCUUUUGGGGCUGUGAGGCAGUUCUAGGAGUGGGGAUUAGGGACCCCUAAUAAUGCUUGAUGGUGAGAGUGAUGCCACCUCUGAGGAGAUGCAGGGACCUGAAGACAGAAGUCAGUCAAGCCCAGUAGCCUGUGAAGCAGGUGAGGGAGGUUGUCUUUUUCUUCCAUACAUUGGGGUAGAAUGGAGGACUUCUUUCUCCUCAUUCUGUUUUUCCUUGCCCCACCUCCUUCCCUCUAAGAAAGUAAAAAAUACAACCUGUCUGUCCUCCAAAUCAGUUAAUUGCCUUUGUGCCAGGUUUGUUUGCAGCUCUGUGCCCUGGGAGACUGACCUUUAGGGUUGCAUCAACAAAUGCCCAAACAUUCUGGCUUCCAGUUGGGUUUGGCCAACAGGAGAUACCAGGCUGGAGUUUGAAGGGUGUGGGAGGAGAGAAAUUGGAGUAUUGAGUCCUCUGGCUGCUUAGCAAAGUAUAUAAGUGGCUAUAUUUCUCUACUGAAAGCUGCAGAGCACUACAGUUCUCACUGGGUUCCAGAGACUUCCUUUUCCCUGUCAGGACUCCCCAGCUCCCCAAAAAAGUACUAUCCCUUAACUGAUUUCCUGUAACCUUGUCUACUUUUAUUAAUAGUCCUUUCAUUUAACUCUCCUCAGUUACUCCAUUUGAGGUGCUGUAUAUUUCUUGUCUGGACCCUGACAGUUGCAGCGCUUAACGUGUUUAUUGUUAAUUGGAGAUAAAAAUGACAUCAGCUUGUUAGUUUUGGCUCCACCCUUUACCUCAUGUCCCAAUCCAGUGGUUCCCAAAGUGUGGUCCCCAGCCAGCAGCAUCUGCCUCACCUAGGAACUUGUUAGAAAUGCAAAUUUCUAGUGUGUCAGAACCUGGAACGCCACAGUUUGCCCUCUCUGUGAAUCUGAUGCACACUAAAGUUUUGAGGACCACUGCCGUCCUUUGUCCCGUCCAUCCACUCCACACAGCUGUGUGCAUCUGUUUCCCCCCACUUACUCCACUUGAAUCUGGCAACACAGUAUAGUUGUGGUGUGUAUGCUCAUGUAUCUUGCACUGUAUACUUUAUAUAAAGCAGCCUUUUGCCUCUGCCUUCCAGGGAGAGGCAGUUUUGAUUGUGCAUGUGAAAUCUUAAAACAGCAAACUGAUUUAUUAACCAUUUGCUCAGUAGAAGUUUAAUGGAGAAAUAUUUGUUUAAAACAUUCAGUCAGUAAAGGACAAUCCUUUUACAAACAAGUUAUGGCAGUGACAAGUCAAAACCCCAGGCUUGUAUUUGAUUGGUCAUAUUCUUUUAACCCACCCCUAGAAGAGGGAAGAGGCAGUUGAGAAGGAGUGAUGGGGCCAUUUAAAUGUUAGCUGGAGAAAUUACAAAAAUACACUCUGAUGUAGCAACAGGGGUGUUGUGAAACAUGCCAUGGGGGAGACAGUAGGUACAAUCAGAGAGUUCUCCCUGGGGGUGGAGACCUAGAGGCAAAGCCCUCAGCGCCGGCGGAUGCUCACGGCCUUGGGGAGGAAGGAAUCCUGAUUUUCUGCUGGCAGGUCAGGGGCUGGAGACAUGCUGUUUUGGGGAUCACCCAGACACCUGGGGAGACAGAAAUGGUUAAAAUGGCAAACCCAGUAGUUUUUCUGACUCUUCAAUCCUAUCUGCCUGUUAUUCAGUCCUCUUUGACUCAAAUGAUCAAAAAGAGGCAAAGAAAAGCUAUCAACCCAGUCAUUAGUCCCUAAUGUAGCAAGAAGCGUUCCCUAACUCCCUCUGUACCUCUGUUCCCUGAUUUGAGUCUAUUGUCAGGACUAAUGGAAUAAAGGGAAGUCUGUAGGCUGUGACUUGAAAAGCAUAACAGUAGGCCCCCUGCCUAGAAACAGUGUCUCUUAUCCCUGGUAUUUGGAAUUCCAUGUCUAGCAAUUCAUUUCUUUAGGCUAGAUAGUGUCCUCAUUUAUAGUUCUCUUAUAUUGCAAGUGCUUUUUAAGCCUGAUGUCACUAAUACCUCACCAUGAAUGAAUCUGCUCACUUUCCACUGUCUAGAAGAGCCAAAGCCUGGGGCAGAGGAGAGCACCAGGGCCAGGGAAAGGGAAGAGAGACACCACGACCAGCUGUGCCCAUUUCACAGUUCUGACUAGGGCCAGUUCUGCACCGCACCCCCCCCACUUCCGAGGACAUCAUUGCACUUUCUGAAUAGGAUUCUUUAUCCCUCUCCCGUGGUAUGUGACCCCAUUUCUUCCCAACCUUAUAGGUUGAGGAGAAUGCUAGAUUGGUUUUUGAUAUCUUCGAAAUCAAGAACAGCUUUGGUAGCAGGAGUCCCCCAUGAUGGAGAAAGGACAAUAAUUGUAAUGUAGGUUGGGGUGUGUGUAUGUGAAGACAAAGUUUAAGUUGCCUGUUCUAGACUCAUAAAUACAUAUCCAUAUUAGAACUCAACAACCAUGAAUGCAUGGAAAAAUAGAGAGGUGGUUGCAGAAGGAGAAAGAAGAGCAGUUGGUGAUACCUAAAUGAGCUGGUUAAUGUUUCCGUUAAGAACUUUACAUCUUGGGCAAAGUAGCAGAUGGAAGCUAGUUACUAGCUUUGUUUCAGCUCGUCUCAGUUGGAAGCAUAGUAGAAAAUUAGAAAAAUCAAUUGCCUGAAUAGGGGCUCGAAUGGCUUUUUGAAAUAAAUUGAUUCCUGCUAGCGUGACUGAUUUUCAACUGUCUUUGGGUAAAGAAAACUGAUCUAGUUCAGAAUUAGACAUGAGUUUUAGUGUUCCUUAAUAACCACUUUAAAGAAGAAUGUCUUUAAAAUUUGAAAGAAUUCAAUACCUGUUACUUCUGAAAGAUUUACUGUUAGGUACUGUGUGGAUAUGGCUUAGGAAGAAAUAGAAUGCUUGUCAGGAUCCAAGAAGAUGACUUCAAAAACAGAGUUGAGGUUAAUUCAGGGCCUUUGGAGAUUAGUUAUUCUGCUAAAAUAAGCAUAGCAGCCUUUCCUCACCACUUAAUACAUAUGUUCAUAUUUGGCAAUGGGCCUGUUGCAAACAAGCUUGCCUACCUGCAAAGAGCUACCUUCAAAGAGCUCUGCCCCCAUGCCAGGCCAGAGAUUAACACAGAUAUUAAUAUACUUGAAGGAAGAUUACUGAUGGUCUGGCUACUUCUGACUUACGGGAAAUGAAAUAAAACAGCAUAUGUAGAUUAUUAUUUUGUUAAUGCCUCUGAGAGUCAGGGAAAAGCCCCACUUGGGUAAUAUUUUAGGAUGAUUUUGAUGGACUGACUCUUUGUAUUAGGUCAAGUUUCUAGAAUGUUUAAGGAGAGCCAUGGCACUCUGCAGAUGAUCAUAUUCCCGUAUACAAAUUAAGGCAAAGUGUGUGGUGGUUGAUGAACAAGUGGCUUGUGGAGGAAGGAAAAUCAGAAAGCAUAACUACUGGCCCUAGCAUGAACUCCUGGACUGGGGGAGAGUGGGAAAGUUUAAUGGUUUCCAUGGAAUCCAGUCACCUUAAUACAUAGUGGGUAAGGGAGAAGAUAGGUAAGCUGUCUUUGAAGAUGAAAUAACAGCAUCAUAACCACAGUAAUCAGACCCUUUGCAAAUGACUAAGAGUAGGUCCAGCUAUUGGUUCUUAGAGAUAGUCUCUGAGGAAAGGUGAGCUGAAUGGUUGCUAUGGAAACCGAAUAGGAGGAUUGAUCCCUUAACUGUCCCCAUAGUAACUAAGCUCCUGGAGAGAUGUAGAAGAAUUAGUUAUCUUAACAUACUACUAUUAUCCCCAUGGUAACCAAGCUUUAAAUGAGAGUCGUCAAAGAGCAAUCCUAGAAAAAUCUUUGCUCCCUAAAGCAAAGGUGGGCCAAUUAGUCCCCCUGUUCAGGAGGGACGGAGAUGACUCUACCUCACAGACCGCACAGUAGCUGAACUCCUUGAGGUUCUGUGUUGUGUG